AUGAGGCUCAGACAUAUUGAGAAUCACAUUGAGCAGCAGCUCGCACUCGCGGAAAUUAUAUCUCACUCUUACGAAAACCUUAUUAAAAAUGGAACCGAAAGUAUAACUCCGCAACGAGUAAAAACACGUCUUUCAAUUCUUAAAGAGAAUUGGGAACAGUUUUCUUUGGAACAUAAAGCUAUUAACCUAGCGGUCUCAGAGCUUACAGAAUUGGAUAAGAAUGCUAUAAAAGUUAAUCCUUAUUUUAUCAAAAAUCUGUUCAUCUCAACACACGAAUGUUAUUCGGAGUCUAUUGAAAAAUUAAGUUUAUUGCUUGAACCAGAUCAAGGAAGUAUGCCUAGAACAUCGUCUUCUCAAUCUAUAUCGUUAACGUCUUUCAUUCCGUCAACCAACACAUCUACGUCGACGUCUUCCGCGACGCUUACUUGUCAUCACCGGACACGGCUUCCGCGACUAGAUUUGCCUAAAUUUAAUGUAUUAGAUAAUCCGACUUUAAGUCUAGUUGAAAAACUACAGUAUUUAAAAUUAAGUCUAAUUGGCCCUCCUGCACUCUUGUUGAAAAACACCUCCUUAGUCGCGGAAAAUUUUCAAAAAGCCUGGGACUCGCUAGUUGCUUAUUAUGAAAAUACAAGAUUAUUAUUGGACUCUGCUUUACAAUCUUUAUUCGAUAUUAAACGCAUGACGAAGGAGUCGGCCGGUGAGUUAGAAAAAUUGUAUACUCAUGUGACUCAAAUCUAUAGAACUUUAGAGACAUUACAGAGACCAGUUUCUUAUUGGGAUGAUUUCCUAGUAUUUCUCGUUGUACAAAAACUUGAUUCCGAAUCGUUAAAACUUUGGGAACAACAUCUAGGUUCACGGAAAGAUCCCCCCACGUGGAAGGAGCUUUACGAUUUUCUUGUUGCCCGCUUGCUUACGUUAAAAGCAUGCGAGAAAAAAACAAACGACGAAAAACGUCUCUUCGCCGUGGCCUGUCCCACUUAUUCGUUAAAGACUGUCCAACAGCGACUAGCCCUUAUUUCUAAGCAUAAAUUGUGCUUCAACUGUUUGGGAUCUCAUCGGUCAGCCGAAUGCUGUAACGUGAAACGUUGUCGGAAAUGUGGUGCUAAACAUCACACGUCAAUUCAUCCAGGAAAAUCUCAAGAUACCAAGACUAUCACACCCGCGUUGAAAUCCAAGGAAAUCGAUGUUGUUAAAGCUACAACGGCAGUAGUUAAGAUUCUUUCUCACAAAGGAGAAAACUUUAAUGCAAGAAUACUCAUCGAUCAAGGAUCUGAGAUAUCCCUUAUCACGGAACGACUUGUACAACGACUUAGGUUACCACGGAAUCAUUCUCGUUUACUUAUUAUCGGAAUUGGAGAAAAACCUAAUGCAUCUAAAGGUCAAACUUCGUUUACACUAAAACCUUGUUACAACUCAGCCUUUAAAUGUACCGUGUCUGCUCAUAUUUUGCCAAAGAUCACUGACUUUAUCCCGUCGUUGGUUGUUGAGAAUCAGGGUUGGACACAUUUAAAAGGAUUACAGUUAGCAGAUCCAAAUUAUCUGUCACCAGGUCCAGUAGACAUACUAGUAGGAGCAGAUACUUAUGGAAAAAUUAUCGACAAAGGUCUUAUUAAAGGUCCUUCGGAUACUCCCAUUGCGCAGCUUACAAAAUUUGGAUGGAUAAUUUCAGGACCUUCGCAAUCGAAUUUGAAAACAGUAAAUACACGUGGUUUUCACGUCUUUGUCGAGGAAAAUCUCUACAAUCUUCUCCAUCGGUUUUGGGAAUUCGAAGAAAUUCCGUCAACGAAAGUUUCAACCCUUUCCGCUGAGGAACAAGCGUGUGAAAACCAUUUUAAAUCUACCCACACUAGAGACAGAGACGGAAGAUAUAUAGUGAGACUGCCCUUUAAAUUAUCGACUGAAAAACUUGGAGAUUCUCAAACGAAAGCUGUUCGACUAGUUAAAAGAUUAUUUAGUCAAUUUGAAACUAAUAAGGAUUAUGCAUCUGCUUAUUCAGAGUUCAUUGCGGAAUACGAACGUCUAAAUCACAUGCAACUAUGGUCAACACCUGAUUCAGACUACUUAUCCUAUUAUCUUCCACACCACGGGGUAUGGAGAGAGCAAAGUAUCACUACCAAACUACGAGUAGUGUUUAAUGCUUCGAGUCCAUCUUCUUCGGGAUAUUCACUUAAUGACUUACUUCAUACCGGUCCUAAACUACAAACUGAUUUGUUUGAUGUACUCAUAUAUUUUCGAUUAUUCCGUUAUGUCUUCUCCACUGACAUAGAAAAGAUGUUUCGUCAAGUGAAGAUGCAUCCUGAUGAUUGGAGAUUUCAACGUAUACUCUGGCUCGAUCAUAUGAAUGAACUUCGUACUUAUCAACUCACAACAGUCACAUAUGGAUUAGCUUGUGCUCCAUAUCUAGCAUUACGCACUUUACAACAGCUUGCAGAAGACGAAGGUUCACGUUUUCCUCUAGCGAUUACAUCCUUAACAAAGGGACGUUAUGUAGAUGACAUUUUUGGAGGAGCUGACUCGAUUGAGCAAACUAAGGAAAUCGUUACUCAACUUAACCAACUUUGCAUGGCGGGCGGCUUUAACCUUCAAAAAUGGUCAAGCAAUCAAGUAGAAGUAUUAACCGAGAUCCCUGAAAAGAAUCGGAUUGCACAUUUUACGGUUAAUAUCAAAGAUAACGUAGCUGUAAAGACUCUCGGUUUACAUUGGAUAACAACAACGAAUACCUUUCAAUUCACCUUCCAAUCCUCUGGGCUCUGGUCAAAUAAAUUAGGUUGGGAUGAUCCUUUACCAGAAGCCCUAGCAUUAAAGUGGACGAAUUUUGUAAUGAGUCUCCAAGACACUCCUCGUCUUACGUUCCCAAGAUGGAUCGGAUACAUGUCUGAUCUAAAAAUUGAGUUACACGGAUUUUGUGACGCGUCUCAACAAGCAGUGGCAGCGGUUGUUUACAUACGAACUGAAAAUCAAAAUAGAGAAAUAAAAACUGCGUUAUUAUGCUCGAAAACAAAGGUAGCUCCAUUGAAGAAGUUGACGAUACCUCGAUUGGAAUUAACAGGAGCAGUGUUACUAACCAAGUUAGUUUCACAUGUGUUAAAAGUACUAAAUCUUAAAAACGUGCCCCUUCUCCUGUGGACUGAUUCCACAAUCACCUACACGUGGCUGAAUCACCACCCUUAUCGUUGGAAGGAUUUUGUUCAUAAUCGAGUCUGUUACGUACAAGAAGUUUUGCCUCAAGCAGUAUGGAAGUUUGUCCCAGGAGUUGAGAAUCCAGCAGAUCUUGCCACACGAGGUUUAACCCCCAACCAACUGUCACAGAUGUCGUCAUGGUGGACAGGACCACACUGGCUCACUUUAUCACCUUCAAGUUGGCCCACGGUAGUUCCAUCACAUUCUUUCGAAAAAGGGUCCUUGGAAGAAAGACCUACUAAAGUGACCUCAAAUACUAUCAACACUGUUCACUUGUGGGAUCUAAUAAACCGAUACUCUAGUUUAAUGAAAUUGUUACGAAUCACAGCAGUAUGUAAGCGUGCUAUAUCUUGUUUUAAGAAAAAACCGGAUUCGUCUCUGUCAAGCCCACUUUCAACUACGGACUUGGAAAACGCGAGGCUAUUUUGGGUCAAGCUAAUUCAACAAUCCUAUUUCAGUCAACAAAUUAAACUCCUUUCAAGAGGACUUUCUUUGUCCGCUUCUGAUCCACUCUUAAAAUUGACUCCUUUUCUCGAUUCUUCAGGACUUCUCCGAGUGGGAGGUCGUCUACAAUAUUCACUACUACCCUCCUCAACAAAACAUCUACUAAUCCUACCGAAGGAGUCGCCAUUAUCAACCCUAAUUAUCGCCGAUGCUCAUUCUCGUACUCUACAUGGAGGUACGCAACUCACUCUUAAUUAUAUCCGAAAUGAUUAUUGGAUAGUAGGCGGAAGAGUUCCUGUACGUGCAUUUAUUCUCAAAUGCGUUAGAUGUACUCGUUAUAGACAAAAGCGAGCUCAACAGUUAAUGGGACAACUCCCUGUGGAAAGAGUUACACCAACUCGCCCAUUUCUUCAUUCUGGUGUCGAUUACGCUGGACCCUUUGUAUUGAAAACGUGGAAAGGACGGAAUCCUCGCACUUACAAAGCUUAUAUUGCUCUAUUUGUUUGUCAUUCUACUUCAGCAGUUCAUUUGGAACUAGUUACAGAUUACUCUGCCGAAACCUUUAUUGCCGCAUUCAAAAGAUUUACUGCAAGGAGAGGAAUAUGUUCUACAUUAUCGAGUGAUUGUGGUACGACGUUAAAAGGAGCCGAUGCGGAACUGCAAAGACUGUUCAUCAAGACCAUGCAAGAAUCAGAAAAAUUAGCGACAUUACUGGCGAACGACGGAACUCAAUGGAAUUUUAACCCCCCCGCAGCACCUCAUUUCGGAGGAAAGUGGGAAGCAGGAGUUAAGUCCGUCAAGUACCAUCUUCAUCGAGUGAUCAGAGAUACGUCUCUUACAUAUGAGGAAUUGUACACACUUCUUACUCAGGUGGAAGCUACAAUGAAUUCAAGACCUCUUAGCGCACUCUCUGAAGAUCCCGAAGAUCUUAACGCUUUGACUCCUGGAUAUUUUAUCAUGGGUUGUGCACCAUCCUUAAUUCCUGAACCAUCGCUGGAAACCGUGAAAUUGUCACAUCUUUCGAGAUGGCAACUCAUCCGUCAAAUGUUGGACAGUUUCUGGACUCGGUGGUCGAAAGAAUGUCUCCAACGUUACUACGCACGAUACAAAUGGAACAAAGUAGUUCCAUCCUUGACUGUUGGGAAUUUAGUUCUCGUAGUUGAUGAACGGUAUCCACCAGCAAAAUGGCCAUUAGGACGCAUUAUUCAAACUCAUGAGGGUAAAGACGGUCUAACUCGAGUUAUAAUUUGA